AUGCGUCUGGUUCCUCGCGAACUUGACAAGCUUUUACUCAGCAAUGUCGGCAACCUUGCCCAACGACGGCUAGCUCGUGGAGUGAAGCUUAACGAAACCGAAGCAACAGCAUUACUCGCCUCACAGCUAUUGGAAUUCAUGCGGGAUGGCACCUACAACGUGGCACAGCUUAUGGAUAUGGGCAAACAGAUGCUUGGUCGCCGUCACGUGAUGCCUAGUGUGCUGGAUACUCUUCAUGAGGUUCAAAUUGAAGGCACUUUUCCCGAUGGCACUUACCUUGUCACUGUACACGAUCCUAUUUGCACCGAUGAUGGGAAUCUUGAAAUGGCACUUUAUGGCAGCUUUUUACCUGUACCCGAUAUCAGCCGAUUUCCUUUACCCCCAGCCGAACGCCCACCACCACCUGGUGCAUUGAUUGUGAAGCCUGGCAAGAUCCACCUUAACGAAAAUCGACGACGUAUAUCAUUGACGGUAACGAACCAAGGCGAUCGACCGGUCCAAGUUGGCUCUCAUUACCAUUUCAUCGAAGCAAACUCUGCGCUAUUGUUCAACCGUGCUUUUGCCUAUGGCAUGCGCCUUGAUAUCCCUGCAGGAUCAGCUGUUCGUUUUGAGCCGGGUGACUUCAAGACUGUUACACUUGUUGAAAUUGGUGGCAACAAGAUCAUCACUGGUGGUAAUGGACUUGCAACAGGACCAGUAGAUUUGGCACGACUCCCAUCCAUUAUGGCAACUGUGGCUGAACGUGGUUUCUUACAUGACGCCAAUGCCCCACAACUCCCUGCAGAACCAUACGUCUUGGAUCGGGAGUACUAUGCUGAUCACUUUGGGCCAACUACAGGUGAUUUGGUGCGUUUAGGAGACACUGAUUUAUGGGCAAGAGUUGAACACGACUUUACCAUCUAUGGUGACGAAUGUAAAUUUGGUGGCGGUAAAGUGCUGCGUGAAGGCAUGGGUCAAGCAACAGGGCGUUGUGAUGAUGAGGUGCUUGAUUUGGUGAUCACCAAUGCUCUUAUCAUCGAUUACACGGGCAUCUUCAAGGCUGAUAUCGGUGUCAAGCGAGGCAUCAUUGUUGGCAUUGGCAAAGCUGGCAACCCUGACGUCAUGGAUGGUGUCACUCCCGGCAUGAUCGUUGGUGCUGCAACGGAAGCAUUGGCUGGCGAAGGAAAGAUCUUUGUUGCUGGUGCCAUCGACACACACGUACACUACAUUUGUCCCCAAUUGAUUCCAGAGGCCUUGUCAAGCGGCAUCACCACACUGAUUGGAGGUGGAUCGGGCUCCACGACGGGCAGCAAUGCAACUACUUGCACCAAUGGUCGACAUCACGUUGAAUUUGUUAUGAAGGCAACAGACGACUUACCCAUCAACAUCGGCAUCACUGGCAAGGGCACUGUAUCAAGCAGGAGAGAACUUGUGGAACAAAUUGAAUCGGGCUGUUUGGGACUUAAGCUGCAUGAAGAUUGGGGUUGCACACCCGUUGCCAUUGACGAAUGUCUCAAAGUAUGCGAUGAACUCGAUGUCCAAGCAACCAUCCACACCGAUACGCUCAAUGAAGCUGGCUUUGUUGAGUCUACGCUUGCUGCCAUCAAUAACAGAACCAUCCAUACCUAUCACAGUGAAGGUGCUGGUGGUGGUCACGCUCCUGAUAUCAUUUCUGUUUGCAGUGAAAACAACAUCUUACCAUCAUCCACAAAUCCAACUCGUCCUUUCACCACCAAUACGCUCGAUGAACACGUUGACAUGUUAAUGGUGUGCCAUCACUUGACCAAAUCCAUUCCUGAAGAUGUUGCUUUUGCUGAGAGUCGUAUUCGUGCAGAGACCAUUGCUGCCGAAGAUGUGCUUCAAGAUAUGGGUGCCAUCAGUAUGAUCAGCUCCGAUUGUCAAGCCAUGGGUCGUAUAGGCGAAGUUGUUUUACGCACUUGGAAAACAGCAAGCAAAAUGCGUAAUCAACGUGGCAAGCUUCCUGAAGAUGAAAAUGAUGAAGGUGACAACUAUCGCAUUCGCCGCUAUGUUGCAAAAUACACAAUCAAUCCAGCAUUAGCCCAUGGCGUUGGUCACCUUGUCGGCUCCAUCGAAGUCGGUAAAAUGGCUGAUUUAGUCGUUUAUACCCCACAAUUCUUUGGCACAAAGCCUGAACUCAUCCUUAAGGCCGGUGUGGUUGUAUGGGGCAAUAUCGGCGACGCAAAUGGAUCGAUUCCCACUACACAACCCAUCAUCUCAAAACCAAUGUACGGUAGCUUACCAUCCAGCGUUGGAAUGCAUUCUUGCCUCUUUGUAUCGCAAAUUUCAAUCGAUAAUGGUGUCAUGGCAAGCUACGGGUUACGAAAACGAAUCGAGGCUGUCAAAAACUGUAGGAACGUUUCUAAAAAGGAUAUGAAGCUCAAUGGGUGCACACCAUCAAUCUCGGUCGACCCGGAGACCUACCAGGUGUUGGCAGAUGGCCAACUUUGCUCUUGUGAUCCUGUGUCCACUUUACCCCUGACGCAAUCUGUUUAUCUUUUCUAG